CGCACAGCUCCCCAAAGCGGCAAAAGUGACUUCAGAAUAAACACACGUCCAGAAAUCACCCUCUAUGAAUCACUUUACCUACUGAAAGAAACGUUCCAUGGGUUUAUAGGUUUUUUUAUCCAGGCUCUAGCUAUGGAAAAUCUCAGCAGAGAAUAAACGACAGAGAGUAAGUGCCUGCAGUGAAGGACAACAGAAGUGAACGGAUAUUUAGAGCAACAUCAAAGUCCUGAUUUGUUCCCUUGGAGCUGAAUAUUUCAAUAAAAGCUGCUAAGAAUUUGGGGUCUUUUCUGCCAAGUCCAGAACUCAUCUCUCUCCUAUUUUGCUAUGGAGGAAGGAUCCACUGAGGAGUUUCUCUUCAAAGACCAGGACUUCUCCUCCGAACUGCUGAGGCAGCUGAAUGCUCUGCGGCAGAGCAGGAUGCUGACUGAUGUCACCCUCUGCUCUGGGGGCUUUGAAAUGCCCUGCCACCGAAACGUGCUGGCUUCCAGCAGUCCAUACUUCAAGGCAAUGUUCUGUAAUGACUUCAGAGAAAGUCGCCAGGCUAAAGUCGUCCUGAAGGGCAUCGACGCCGAGAUUCUGGAUCAGAUUAUACUUUAUGUUUACACGGGGGAGAUUCUUAUAUCCACUGAGAAUGUCCUCUGCCUGUUGGAGGCGGCCUCCAUGCUGCAGUACGCCAAGCUGUUUGAGGCCUGCUCUGCCUACCUUCAAGACAAGCUGACUCCUGACAACUGCCUGAGCAUGACCAGACUGGCAAAAGUCUUGAACUGCCAAAGCCUGAAUAAAAAAGCCAAAGCUAUGGCUCUGAAAUGCUUUCCCGAGGUGGCCUCUUCUGAGGACCUGAAGGACCUUUGUCCCUUGGAGCUUAUCGAUUACCUUGGGGAUGAUGAGCUCUGUGGGGAAGAGGAGCAGGUCUUUGAGACACUGAUGGUCUGGAGCCGGCAUGACCUCCAGGCAAGACAAGGCUACAUCCAAGAGUUGUUCAAGAAGGUCCGGCUUCAGUAUGUCCAUCCAACUUUCCUCUUCCACUUCAUCGCCAACGACUCUCUCAUUCAGUCCUCACCCACUUGCAGGAGCAUCCUUGAGUCAGCCUGGAGACAUAUGUUUUCCUUGUACAGCACCAACACGCCUGACGUCAAGCCCAUGUUGCACGUUCCUCGCAGGUACUCCAACCAAGAGUUCCUCAUCAUCAUUGGUGGUAGGAAGGACAGCCAGCAGACCACAAGGGAUGUCCUGCUCUAUGAUGACAAGACCAACCAAUGGCUAAGCCUGGCCAAACUUCCCAUGCGUCUGUACAAAGCCUCUGCAGUGAGCUUACACAGUAAUAUUUAUGUGCUUGGAGGAAUGCCUGUUAGCAAUAAGAAAAGCCAGGUCAGUGAUAAUAUUUACAUUUACUCCCUCAAACUCAAUCAGUGGAGGUUGGUUGAACCCAUGUUAGUUCCACGUUACUCCCACAAAAGCUUGGCAUAUAAAAAUUAUAUUUUAUCAUUCGGUGGAAUUGGCAAAAACCAGGAAAUCCUGAAUUCUGUGGAAAGAUAUGAUAGCAUCUACAACACCUGUGAGAGCAUGGCAAACAUGCCCGUUGCUGUCCUUCACCCUGCUGUUGCUGCCAAAGAUCAGAGGGUCUACCUGUUCGGGGGAGAAGACAUUAUGCAAAACCCUGUCCGGCUGAUCCAGGUAAUGGUCAGUCCUGCUUUCCAGGUUUACCAUGUCUCCAGGAAUACAUGGUUUCGGAUGGAGACCAGAGUCGUGAAGAACGUCUGUGCACCAGCUGUCGUGAUUGGAGACCAGAUUAUCAUCGUAGGUGGGUACACCCGGAGAAUAAUUGCUUAUGAUACAAAAGGCAACAAGUUUGUUAAAUGUGCAGACAUGAAGGACAGACGAAUGCAUCAUGGGGCCACUGUCAUCAAGAACAAGCUGUAUGUCACAGGAGGACGAUCUCUCACUGUGGACAAUGUCAUCGAGGACUUGGAUUCCUUGGACUGCUAUGAUCCAGAGACUGACACAUGGACACCAAAGGGAAAACUGCCACACAAACUCUUUGACCAUGGAUGCCUUACACUCCAGUGUGUCCCCUGUUCUAACCUUCUCUAAACAACCUUUGAUACUCCCCAGGAUGUCUUCUGCUUUCCUUCCUAGAAAGGACCCACCUUGCUCUUCAGAGAGCAUAUGGGGAAUCUGCAUGACGUCCCACAAACUCCUGACCUUGAAGGCACUAGUGGUCUUAGUAAUUCCCUGGGCACUCUGCCAGAAAGAUCAUGAGCUUUGGUUGGGGUUGGACUAGAUGACCUUUGAAGGUCCCUUCCAACCCAAACUAUUCUAUGAUUCUAUGAUUUGUGCUCAUGCCGUAUUCACCCGACCAGUGGUGCUGCCAAGUCCAGCCCAGAGGCCCUACCCAGAGUCUCACCAGAAAACAGGACAAAGAUACUGGGUAAGAACCUGGUAUAGGAUUUGGCCUUGUUCAGACCUUAAAAUGAAAGGGAAAAUAAGAUCUGGGUAACUCAUAUUUGUGUUAGAGCACAAACUCAGCUGCGUGCCAUGGUCCUUUGCUACUUGGUGCUGACCAAGGACCAUUUCCAUUUCGAGUGGUGGGAGCAUUUGGAACAGGAAGGCCAAGUUCUAUUCUUGCAACCAGCCCAGCAGCAACUGCCUGCAUAGUUAUGGUAGUCAUCUUAUAAGAAAUAUAAUUUUAAUGUUCCUAACAUCAAAUUAGAAAUUAGCAAAAGGCUGAUGCUUCAAUCUGAGAUUCAUAUUGAAACAGGGUGCAGAUUUGACUUUUCUGGCUACUUCUCUUUCAUGGUGCAGGGAAGAUUUUUGUUCUAUCUGUCUGCUCUUCAAAGGAGCAGGAGGAGGAGUGGAAAUUAUGUCUGUGUCUUUUUUUGAAGGGGUCUUGUUUUGCAGCUCCUUUUGCAUCAGGAAUAGCAGUGGGGUUGGUUGAUGGAACUCAUGAAAUCUGGAAUAACAGAGGGAACACAUGUAGGAAAGGGGACGUAAAAGAGAAUAGGCAUUUGGGAGGAACACCUUCUUUUUUUUCCCUCUUUCCUCUCUCCAAACCACUGGAAAACAGCAAUGAGAGAAAGCCAGUGACAGGAAACCAGCUUUCCAAGAAGAGCAAGUCUAAGUCUGCCACUUGGCAAAGCAGCUCUGGCUCCACCAAUAUUUUUGUGGGGUUCUGCCACUAAGUGCAUAUUUUCAAAGGGAGAAGAUCAAUCAUCAGAUGCUGAACAGACAGUGAACUGCUGUCAGGUCACCAGGCUUGUUAAAACUGCUGAGAUAGCAAGGAGCUUUAAAGAUAGCACUAGUGACCACCAUCCAGAGAAGGAUGGCAGAAACACCACCUGCUUUUGAAAAAGAAAGUCUUUUGAAAAGGAAAGUCUUUUGAAAGAAAGAUGGACUUUUCCAAGGGUAUAGGAUGCCAUGAGGAAACCAUGCUCCACCCUGCCCUUCACAUAAAGCUACACAGCCAUGUGGUCACCACCAUGUUGCAGGACACCAACUUCAACUGCUAAGAUCCCCUCCUAUAAAUCUGUAUCUGGGAGCAGAAGGGUUACAGAAAUAGCUAACAAAGUAUGGGGGAGGCUGGAAGGAGGAAUUGCCAUUUUAACAAUGUGAAAUAAAAUGGUUAUUAUUGUUUG